UCUGUCCGUACGCGAUCCCGUGUGUGCGUGUGCUGGAGCUGUCAAGUGCAUCCCGUCGUGUUUUUAAUUGAAAGAGAACGCAUCGGGCACCGGCGCUUGGCACCGGGCUUCUCACGGAUUGUGUGACCGAUGGCCGCGUGUGCAUUGUGAGAUCUCGGCGGCUGUAAGCUAUUUGUGCACCUCUAACCGGCCUCCCUUUUUAACAACGGGCGAUGGCCAAAAUCCUCAAGCACCUCGGCUUCGGCAAAAAGCCGCCGAUGCCUCCUCGGGUGGAUUACAAUAUGCGGUCGUACUUGGGAUUAGGUAUGCCCAUCCGUUGCAACAGCGAAAGCAACUUGCUGGAAGCUGUGGCCGAAGAGCGUGCCAUCAACAAGAUGACUCACCGUUCCCAGGACGACACUCAGUUGGUGCUGGUACCAGACUACUGCGACCCUGCCGACUUGAAGGAGCAGUUCCGCAAGGAGAUGGGCGCGCGGCGUCGAGCGGCCGCUCUCGCCACCGCGGCGGCCGGAGUCGUCGGCACCCUGGACGACGACUUCUACUCGACGCCCUACGAGACGCAGAGCCGCCCAUCCGCGGCCGCCAAAGUACAGCCGUUGCGACGGGCAUUGCUUAGCUCCACGAGAGCCUUAGCAGGAUCCGUGUCCGGCACAUUCGCCAACCCACGAGGCAUUGAAGAAGCCACUGUGCUUAUUGAAAUCGAACGGCGCAUGCGAGUGAUCCGCCUGUGA